AUGGGUGCAGGGGACCUUGAGAAAGAAGAGCGAAAUAGUAUGUCGCCUACGCGACCAUUCCUCGACACCAAUAAUUACAAUGAUCGAGAAUCUGGCGACUAUGAAGAACUUGAACAACAAAGACCGUAUCGACCCGAAUCCUGGGCACGAAGACACAGGACAGCACUGGCGGUGCAUGGCUUUAUGGUCCUCUUCUAUAUCAGCCUCAUGGUUUCGUCUUGGAAGGAUCUUUUGGUGAAGGAACACUUUAGGCGAUAUCGACCUGAAUUGUUCACGCCUGUGCAUGAUCAUAUCGAGACCAAAGUUACAAUCAUUCACGAUCAGCCCAGCGAUGUCAAUGCUAGCCCUUAUGUGGGCACGCCAAGUCCAGAAGUCGACGAUGCUUGGUAUCGACUUUUGCGUCAUCACAAUAUUCGCAUUAUGGAGGACGAGCUCCGGGCAAUGAACCAAACCUCUAUCCCCCUCCAUGACGGAAGCGGAUACCAAGGAAUGAUGGCCGUCUUCCACGAGCUUCAUUGCUUGAAACUCGUUCGCGAAACCGUCCACGCGGACUACUAUUAUGCAGACAAAUCUCCCGCCGAGAGAGCCAUGUUAAUCGGUCAUACAGAGCACUGUAUCGACAUUCUCCGCUCAUCAAUCAUGUGUCGCGCCGACACCGCCAUCUUCCCAUACCACUGGAACAAUGCCACUCGGCUUCCGAAUCCCACCUGGAUGCAGAAACACGAAUGUGUGAACUGGGACUCCCUUGAGGGAUGGUUGGAGAGCCGACGGGUUGACAUCUUUGCUCCUAAUAUGCUGGUGCAUCCGAAAUAUGGUGAAUUUGCCUUUCUGCCAGUGGAAUUGUUGGUUAACGUAAACCACACAGGUCCCGCAUAUCCGGGAGGGAAGAGGAUUUCAGAGCCAAAUGGACCCAAAGUGUAUCCUUUGGAUCAAUGA